GAUAAGUAAGUAAAUUAUGAACAGCAGCAGACGCAUCAUUUUCUUCUCUCCAGAUAAGAACUCAUCGUCCCCUCAAAAAGUGCACUUUUUUAUAAACUUCAUUCGCAGUUUGGACCCGUUAUCGCAUCACUGCUGCGUAUUUUCAUAGCGUAAUUAAUUUCAUAGCGUAAUUUUCCCUGUGCACUGUAAAACACGACAUUUUAAUAAUUUUUCUACACAAAUACAUUAUUUUUAAAGACAUGACACGACUCAAAACUUUAUACAUUUUAAAUAAUUAGUGACGAAUUAUAAUUAAUUAGUUAUAUCGCUUCACUUAUAUCACUGCUGCGUAUUUUUAAUUAAUUUCAUAGCUUAAUUUUCCCUGUGCAUCGUAAAACACGGCAGUUUAAUAAUUUUUCCACAAAAAAAUAACAUUUUGAACUAUUUUUAAAAACAUGAGACGACUCAAAACUUUGUAAUUUUAAGUAAUUAGUGACACAUUUUAGUUAAUUAAUCAAUCAAUUAUAAAUAAUGGCUCAACAACCUUCAUCUCCAGCCGUUCCGAUAAGCUCUCCGCGACGCGGACAAGCCGGACCACCCCCACCACUGAUCUCACUCCCCUCAUUUGCAUCAAAUCAUCAAUAUUUUCUUCACGGAGGAGGAGGCAAAGAAGACUCACUUCCGUCCCAAUUACAUUCUUCUCUCAAUUCUGAGUCGACACGUAGGAGUCGAAGGUCACGAAAGACAAGUUUCCGAUUCAGCGAGUGUGACGGAGAUGAAGACUUGCCACAGUUCCAAGGACCCAGAAGGGUCCAGUAUUUCGCAGCUUUGGCAGCGAACAUGGGAGCUCUCGCGUUAGGAACGGUUCUCAGUUGGUCGGCCGUGGCCCUGCCCGAUCUGAGGAAGGAUCCCAGAUUUACGGCCACUCUCACCCCCACCGUAGAAACUUGGAUUGGCUCAAUUAUCACGUUGGGCGCCGUGGCUGCGGGACCAGCAUCCGGAUUCGGUAUCGAGACCUUGGGUCGCCGCAAGUCGAUGCUCCUCCUCACGGGGCCCUUCCUCCUCGGGUGGCUCCUCAUCUAUUUCGCCUACAAUGUCAAUAUGAUUCUGGCUGGAAGAUUUGUCACCGGUUUCUGCUCAGGAAUAUUCGCCGUCGCGGCACCAAUUUUUUGCGCUGAAAUGGCCGACGUUGAAAUCCGGGGGACGCUUUGCGCCGGGUUCGACUGCAUGAUUUCGGUCGGAAUUCUUUUCAUCUACAUCCUGGGUUCCUUCACCACUUGGCAAACGCAAUCCCUCAUCUGCGCUGGAUUUCCGGUCAUCAUCUUCAUCAUGAUGCUAUUCGUCCCCGAAUCUCCACGUUUUCUCGUCGCCAAAGGAAAAUUUGAGGAAGCCUCGCACGCCCUGACGCGCUUUCGAGGGGCCGUCGUCCCAGAACAAGUGGACCCCGAACUCGCCGCGUUGAAAGUCAGUUUCCGCCUGUCGCACGAUAAAUCUACAAAAUUUCAGGAACUUUUCCGCGGUCCGAUCCUCCGCCCGGUGUCGAUCGCCUUUUUCAUCUACUUUUUCCAAGUCUUCUCUGGAAUUGAUCCCGUCCUGUUUUACACGGUGGACAUCUUCCACUCUGCGGGUGCCAACGUGGACGACUACUAUUCAACAAUUAUCAUCGGCACGGUCCAAGUGAUUUUCGCCGCUAUUGGUGCCUUCAUGGUGGAAUACUUCGGGCGUCGCGUCCUCCUCAUGCUCUCCGAAGCCGUGAUGGUCGCAUCCCUCACGCUGCUCGGAUUCUACUUUUAUCUCAAAGCAGAAAACGGUGGCGUCGCGCCGGACGGAGGGUGGGGCUGGUUACCCUUGGGAUCUCUUAUCGUUUACACGAUCGCCUACUCCGUCGGCGUCGGACCGGUCGGAUACAUGAUCAUGGGCGAAAUUCUGCCACAUCACGUUAAAGGUCUUGCUGGCUGUAUUUUGACCUCUUUGAAAUGGUUCAUGUCCUUCGCGAUGACGAAAUUCUUCCAAGAUAUCAUCGCUUUGCUGGGGAACGACGGAGCGUACUGGUUCUUCGGGGGAUCCUGUCUCUUCGGUUUCAUCUACACUUUCCUCUUCGUUCCCGAAACCAAGGGCAAAACGUUGGACGAGAUACAGGCCGAAUUUGCCAGCAAUAAAAAUGAGGAGGAAGACUUCGAGCGAGAAAGUUUGCUGGGCGGGGGAGGUGGAGGUAGUUAUUUGGCGACGUCGCCAUACAGAAAUCCGACCAGGGCGACGUCCACAACUCUGUCGCCACCACCAGAUAAUCUGAGGAAGAAGCGGGCUCGCACUUAUCACUCGUUUGGGCAGCAUGUCUAGAUAAGCAGAAAUUUUAGGAUAAAAAUGUGGUAAAAUUGCAAUAAUUACAAUGAUUUGCAAAUAAAUUUUAAUCCAAAAUUGGGACACGUUUAAAUGCAAAA